AGUCUAAAGCCUUCACCCCAUUUAUUUGCCCAGUUGAGUAAAGUCAUCAAAUUAAGUAAAGUUCAAGAGGUUAUUUUUGGUCUUGCUUUAUUGAACUCUUUCAGUUCAGAUCUACGAGGUUUUGCUGCCCAGUUUAUCAAACAGAAACUCCCAGAUCUUUUGCGCUCUUACAUUGACGCGGACGUCAGUGGAAAUCAAGAAGGUGGCUUCCAAGAUAUUGCAAUAGAGGUCCUGCACCUUCUCCUCUCCCAUCUCCUUUUUGGGCAGAAGGGAGCCUUUGGGGUAGGACAGGAACAGAUUGACGCUUUCCUCAAAACAUUACGUAGAG